UUUGUAAUUGAACGCUGUUUAAUGGGUUUCAGGGUUUCUGCUUUAACUUGGGCAAAUAUUUUAUGGCCAUAAGACAAUGUUUUGUCAAUUAUUAAGUGUAGUUCAGGACAGUUAGAAAAUCUUAAAGUUUUAAUAGAAACACCCAAAGUCUAUGUUGUGAUGAUAGUGCCCUUAGUAGAACACACGUGGUCACGUUCUCUUUUGGAGUGAUCACCCAUCGUUUACUUCUCUGUUUUUGGUAUCUCGUUUAUUUAACGUUUUCUAUGCUUGCACUUUUACUAGUUUAUUCACUGUUCCUACUGACAAACACACAAGAACACUGAGCUGUACUAUUAUUGCUAAUUAUGUACAACAGAAGUGCACUGGGUGGAAUAAACUGAACUGACAGCCCAUUAGUUUGUGUAACAAUCAGAUUAUUGUGUGAGUUUGUGCAUGUUAGUCAGCAUGGGGAAAAUCAGAGAUGGACGGAUGAGAAAUGCAGGGUUACUAGAGUUUAGAUGACCUCUUAAGUUCACAGUCACGUCUGCUGAAGACAUCGGACAGUGUUCAGUUUUCUGCAUCAGAUCAUGAGGGAUCAUUCUGGAAGGUCAUGGCAUCCCCUCUCCUGAUUUAGCAGAGUUCAAACAUGGAUUUUUAGGAGCUGAUCCACCAGGAACAGACACUGGAUUAGGAGCAUCAUCCACAGUGAGGAAGUUGGUGUGUGAUUUGGGUAGAGGAUGAGGUCCUCUCUGGUGGUGUCUGGUGGAGAGAAGGGUCUGCGGGCACGACUUGGACGAAUGAGGCAUCUGCUGUGCCAGACUGGGCAUCAUGUGGAUGUGCAGAUGGACGAGGAGCCCGGGGUUUGGCUCAGGAGCUUCCAUCUGCUGGACCUUGAGGAAUGCAGUGAGGACCCGGUGCAGGAGUGGGGAGAGGAGGUGGAAGAUGGGGCCAUUUAUGGCAUCACUCUUCACAGAGAACCCAUCCAACCCGCACCUGAUGCCGCUGAGAACUCUUCUGCCUUCGGCUUCAUGCAGUACCGCACACAGAAGGUCCGCAGGCUUAAAGCAGCCACUCUGGAGCGUCUUGUCACAGAAUUGGUGAAUCCGGAGUGCCAUGACCCAGAAUACAUGCAAAUCUUCCUCUCCACCUACAGAGCAUUUACCUGCACAAAUGCUCUCAUAGAACUCCUGUUUCAAAGAGAGGACAUGGUCACCAAUCUGGACAACAAUGUCUGCGUUAGAAGUUCUCUGCCUCGUCUGAUCCGGCUGUGGUUAGACGAGUAUCAAGAGGACCUUCGGGGCUCUCCAGGUCACCAGGCUCUUCGUCUGCUUUGUGUUCAUCUGCGUCGUCACCUCUGUUUCAGACGUCUGGUUCAUCAAGCUGAUGCACUUCUCAGAAAAUUUCAGACAGAAGACAAGCACACAGAUACAUCAGCAGAAACUAGCACACCUGCUGCAGAGAAUCAGGCUACUGAAGACACCACAGACAGACAGGACAUAGAAGAGACGGGGAAUGUACUGGCCUUCCCUGCACGAGACAUUGCGGAGCAGCUCACGCUAUUAGAUGCUGAGCUCUUUGUCAAAGUGGUUCCAUUUCACUGCCUUGGCUGCAUUUGGUCUCAAAGGGACAAGAAAGAGAAUCGGAAACUUGCGCCCACGGUCCGUGCCACCAUUGCCCAGUUCAAUGCCGUCACUAACUGUGUUAUCACCUCUCUGCUGUGCCGUCCUUCCACAUCCCCUCCCGGUUCCCCAUCCUGCACUCGCAGCGGCCCUACACACAGGGCAAAGAUUAUUGAGAAGUGGAUCUCUGUGGCUCAGGAGUGCCAUCAGUUGAGAAACUUCUCCUCUCUAAGAGCCGUUUUAUCUGCUCUUCAGUCUAAUGCUGUUUACCGGUUAAAGAAAACUUGGGCGGCAAUCAGCAGGGAGAGUAUGGCUGCCUUCGAUCACCUCUGCGACACAUUUCCUGAUGAGAACUGUGUGCUGGUCAAUCGAGAUAUUCUUGUAGAGGAAGGAAACCAGGCAGAUGAUGUAGACACUCACACCGCUCCAAAAUCUCCCAGACUCAGUCCUACAUCUAAGCACAUGACCCCCUCCAGCGGUGAGGUGCCAUACCUGGGCACUUAUCUGACUGUUCUCACCAUGUUGGACACAGCACUAAGUGAUGAUGUAGAGGGGGGUCUCAUCAACUUUGAGAAGCGUAGAAAAGAGUUUGAGAUUCUGUCUCAGAUCAAGCAGCUGCAGGCGUCAUGUGCUCACUACAAACUCCAGUCACAUCCUCACAUCAUUUCCUGGAUCAACAGUGGCAUACCUCUUUCUGAUCAGAAGAGCUACGAGUUGUCAAGAGAACUGGAGCCACCAGUUGACCCCUGUCCCAGCUCUCCCAACCCCUGGAGCCACCGCCACAUCACCAAGAAACUGACCUCAUUGCUGUCUGGCAGUGAGAACUUCUCAAAGAAGACUUUUGCUGAUCAGAUCAGUGUAUCAUCCUCUGGCUCCAGUGGCUCAGAGAUGGAAGAUCUCAGCAGCCCCAACCUCUCACCACUUAGAUACAAAGUACAGUCUGUAUCCUGUCAGGACAUCUCAGUAGACACACCCACCUCCUCUCUGACUCCGCCCAGCUCUUUUCGAAGAUGCCUACAGUCAGAUAUGUCUGCCCUGAACCCUGACAGCCCCUCCCCUACUUCAUCAUCAUCAUCUUCAUCAUCCUCUCCUUCUCUCAAGCAUCCCAUGUAUAACAAGCAGGUCGCUGAUUCUUGUAUCGUCAGAGUCAGUGUGGAAUUUGGCAACAACGGAAACGUUUAUAAAAGUAUUUUGAUAACCAGUCAGGACAAGACAGCUCAGGUGAUUCAGAGAGCUCUGGAGAAACACAACUUGGAGGAGAUGAACUGCCAAGAAUUUAGUCUCACACAAGUGCUUUCCAGUGACAAAGAGUUGCUGAUCCCAGACAAAGCCAACGUGUUCUAUGCCAUGUGCACCACUGCCAACUUUGACUUUGUGCUUCGCCAGCGUUACAAAAAUCUCAGCAGAGUGCCUGGCUCAUCCUGGAGUCCUGGAGCAGUUCUGAGGUCCCGCAAGUAACAGAACCGUGAUGACAACCCACAACAUGGUGGCAUAAUACAUGAAAACUUUAAAAGUGAACAAAGACUAUAUAAGCACAUGGACAACUGUGAUGAGCGGGUGACUACUGGAUGUCGAAGCUCAGAUAAAUUUAAAAACAGACUGAUGGAUGCAUCACUGAGCUCUGAAGCACCCUGGAGUCACAAGUUAUGACAACAUCUCACUCAAUAAUGUCUCAUUGACAAAUUACAAGGAAACUGUAGCACAGCUGCCACAACAACAGUUCUGAUUUAAAAACAGUUAAAACUGGAGGAAAAAAGACUCAGAGCAUCUGAAAUGAAGACGUAGAGAAGUUGCAAUAAUUGGCCACAUCUACUGCCAGUUUAUUCAGAGGUUUUGCUUUGGAAUGGGAGGAAAUGGGAGGUCACACACGUGAUACCUGAGUUUUACUGAGAAACAUCUGUUUGUAGGUGGAUGAACACAUUUCUUUUAAGUAAGACCUACAAAUGCCAGCUUUUAUGUAGCUAAUAUUCAGCGAUAGGUAAAAAAAAGUUUAGAUUAUAUUUAGGUUGUUUUCUAAGUGACAUAAUAAAAAUGUUGAUAUAAUAUAUUUUAUUUAGUUUUAAUAUAAUUUUAAUAAAGAUCACAUUAUUUUAAUUCCAAUAUUUUAAUGUUUUGAUGCAUUUCAGUUUUAGAGUAUUUAAUUUAACUUUUAUAUGUGCUAAUUAAUCUCUUUUGUUGUUCUGUGUUGUUCUGUAUAGUGCUGUUUCCUUUCAGCUCUCUCUUUUUAAUUUUUAGCUGUAUUUAUGUGCAAUAAUCUCAAACCUAUAAGCUGUUUCAUCAUGUUUUAAGAUUUUUGGCAUUUGUGCCUGAUCUUUGUCCGAAUGAAGGAUGCUUGCACUUCUUGAUCACUUUGUUUUCUGAAGUUGAGUAUGUUAAUUAGUCCAUAUUGGAUAUCAUGUGACUUUCUGAGCAAAUGCAAUUCUGAGAACUGAAGAGCACUGGGUGCACUAGAUGAAUCUCACCGACUGUGUAUGUGUUUUGUGAAAGUUAAAGUAAGUUAGUUGCUGAGGUAUGUGAAAUGUAAGUGCUUGGUGUUUGUGAAACGGUUUGCUGCUAAAUAGUGGUGCAGGUGUAGUGUUUCUUGGAAACUACAGCAAGUGUUUUUGCCAAAUGGAAGGCGGCCUGAAUCAGCAUUAAAAGCACACUUUUGCUUUUUGCACAGAAAGCCACAAUUCCGGACUGAAAUGUGUGUCUGUCUUUGUGUCAUUAAAAAGUUAA